AUGUCCCGACUGGUGAAGAUCAUCGACUUUCCUUCUGUCUUGCUUUCUUCCUUCCUCUCCGACAACAACAACAACAACAACAACAACGACGCACCUCUUGGUUCAUUCUUCAUUUCCUUGGAUCGUGGGUUUGGUUUGGUUUCUCGCUGGUUUUGGAAGAUAGGAUUUGGCAUGAGAAUGGCGACAACAACCGAACAACCUCUCUCGAAGAAGGCGGGCCUUCUGGUGACCGUGUCGGAACGGACACCGCUCCUGCGAGGCGACUCGGCGGCUUCUUCCACGUAUGGCAGCAACGAGAACGAGUACAAGUAUGUCGUCGACUUUGAGGGACCCGACGAUACCGAGAAUCCCAUCUACUGGCCGAAGGCGUACAAAUGGACCGCCGUCUUCCUGCUUGCGUUGUUUUCCUCCACCGUGUAAGUCGUCUUCGGCGUCAACCCACAACGCCGAGAGAGACUUCCCCACUGACAGCGGUCUGUAGAGCGUUCACGGGCGUCUCCCUGGUUCCUGUAGCCAACACCAUCAUCCAAGAACUCGGCGGUAGUGCUGCCUCUUCCGCCUCGUCGACCGUCCUCCUCGUGACCAUCUGGGAACUCGGCGAGGCAAUCGGUCCCCUCUUCCUCGCUCCUCUCUCCGAGAUGUACGGCCGUUAUCGCGUCGUCAACACGGCCAACAUCAUGUUCACGGCGUCAACAAUCCUCGCUUCGUUCGCGCCUUCCAUUCCCACCCUGAUCGGAGCCCGGUUCCUCAGCGGACUGAGUAACUCCGCGAGUGUUUUGAAUCCGGCCAUCGUCGGCGACAUGUUCCCUCCCGAGGAACGUGGGGCCGCAAUGAGUAUUCUCAUCUUCGCACCCAUGUGUGGAGGAGCAGUCGGGCCCGCGGUUGCUGGGAUCAUCGCUGAAAACUUGGGUUGGCGAUCUGUGCUCUGGAUUGCAGCUUCCAUGGCGGGGCUGUGCGAAGUCUUCUUCCUGAUCUUCUUCAAGGAGACUUUUGCCGUUACCAUCCUCGCGAGGCGGGCAGAGCGGCUGAGGAAGGACACGCAGAUUUCGGCUUUCAAGAGCAUACACGAGGUCCAAGGGACGGAAUUGGAGAAGAAGCCAACCAUCAUGGGCACUCUGCUGCGACCGGUCGUGGUCCUGUCCAAAUCGGGUGUAUUGCAGGUCCUGAGCCUCUUUGGAGCGCUGAGCUUCGCGUACUGGUACGUCGUGGCCACCACCCUCCCGGAGAUCCUGAGUGACAUCUACGGCCUCUCGCCCUCGACAGUCGGCGCGUCUUUCCUGUCCUUCAGCGCGGGUUGUAUCAUGAUGAUCAUUCUCUGCAACCGCACACUCGACCGCAUCUACACCGGCCUCCGCGACAAGAACGCCGGCCUCGGAAGACCCGAAUUCCGCCUCCCCCUCGCCAUCCUCGGCGGAGCCUUCCUGCCCGUCGUCGUCUUCUCCUACGGCUGGGUCCCCUCCGCGCGCCUCCCCCUCCCCGUCUGCCUCCUCACCGUCGGCGCCAUGGGCGCAUGCACCCUCCUCGGAUGCCUUCCCCUCACCGCCUACGUCGUCGACGCUUUCGGCUUGUACUCGGCCUCUGCCAUGACGGCCGUCGUCGUCAUGCGGUGCCUCAUGAGUACCAUCCUGCCCCUCGUCACGGGCGAUCUCAUCUCCCGCAUGGGCUACCGCAAUGCUUUUGGAGUUUUAGCGCUCGUUACGGCUUGUAUCGUGCCGCUGCCGGUUCUCGUCUGGCGGUAUGGACCCGUGUGGAGACAGCGAUCUAUGUAUACCCGACAGCAAUUGUGA